CUCAUUCUUCUCCCCCGCCCCGCGUCGCGUCACAUUGAGCGGGGCUGCCGCGAUACAACUAUUGAUUUCAUCUCUUUCUCUCUCUCUCUCGGUCGCCCCCUCCCUCUCUCUCUCUCUCUCUCUCUCUCUCUCUCUCUCUCUCUCUCUCUCUCUCUCUCUCUCUCUCUCUCUCUCUCUCUCUCUCUCUCUCUCUCUCUCUCCAUCACUUCUUCUCAGCUUUUCUUCAAGUGCUGCAGAGAGACGCGCUGCUGCUGCAUUGUGAGGAGAGAGAAAAAAACGCUAAAGGAAGAUCUGCGUUCCCGCGCUCGGAUAGCCGCGCGCCCGUGAACUCUGGACUCACAAACAAAUGAAAACCUGCCUGUGUUUGUUUCUCCCACAGUGAAUGAAGCGGUCAGUCCGAAGGAAACGUCACACUCUCCUGUCCGUCUCUAAACCAGCCUUCAGUGAACUUAAACUCGGCCUGUAAAACUCACGUUUGAUUCCUGCAACCAUCCACAUCAGUGAAGAUGGAGGACCCGUACAGAGAAAGGACGUCUCUGGCCAAAGGCGCUCGCGACAUCGCCAAAGAGGCGAAACGGCACGCCGUAAAGAAGGUCGGGAAAGUGGUGGACCGAGCCUCGGACGAGUACGCCUCGGGACGCAACUACAGCCGCUUCGAGAACGACGAAGACGAGGGUGUGAACGAAGACGGUUACAACUAUCAGGACGGUGGAGCUCAGCGAGACGAGGACGAGGGCUCCAGCGACGCCACCGAGGGCCACGACGACGAGGACGAGAUCUACGAGGGCGAGUACCAGGGCGUGCCGGCGGGGGGCGGGGCUUCAGGGGGGCGGGGCCAGCUGGCGGCAGAUGGAGUGAAGGAUAAGCGAGAGCUGGAGAAGGAGAGAGAGGCGGAUGAGGAGGAGCUGGCGCAGCAGUACGAGCUCAUCAUCCAGGAGUGUGGACACGGGCGCUUCCAGUGGCAGCUGUUCUUCGUGCUGGGCCUGGCGCUCAUGUCUGACGGCGUGGAGGUGUUCGUCGUGGGCUUCGUGCUGCCCAGCGCCGAGACCGACAUGUGUGUGCCGAACUCAGGAGCCGGGUGGCUGGGCAGUGUGGUGUAUCUGGGAAUGAUGGUGGGAGCGUUCUUCUGGGGCGGUCUGUCAGAUAAGGUGGGCCGACGGCAGUGUCUGCUGGUGUGUAUGUCAGUCAACGGCUUCUUCUCCUUCCUCUCGUCCUUCGUUCAGGGCUACGGCACCUUCCUCUUCUGCAGGAUGCUCUCGGGAUUCGGGAUUGGCGGGGCGGUUCCCAUCGUGUUCUCGUACUUUGCGGAGUGUCUGGCCCGUGAGAAGCGCGGGGAACACCUGAGCUGGCUCUGCAUGUUCUGGAUGGUGGGCGGGAUCUACGCCUCGGCCAUGGCCUGGGCCAUUAUACCACACUAUGGCUGGAGCUUCAGUAUGGGUUCAGCGUAUCAGUUCCACAGUUGGCGUGUGUUUGUGGUGGUCUGCGCGCUGCCCUGCGUCUCUGCGGUCGUUGCGCUCACGUUCAUGCCGGAGAGUCCACGCUUCUACCUGGAGAUGGGAAAACAUGACGAGGCGUGGAUGGUGCUCAAACAGAUUCAUGACACUAACAUGCGUGCGCGCGGAGAGCCGGAGAAAGUCUUCACUGUGAACCGGAUCAAGAUCCCGAAACACCUGGAUGAGCUGGUGGAGAUGCAGUCGGAGUCGGCAAACCCUGUGCUCAAAGUCUUAUUCCGGAUCAAGUGUGAACUGCACGGAAUCUGGCUCACGUUCAUGAAGUGCUGGGAUUACCCCGUCAGGGACAACACUGUGAAGUUGGCCAUCGUGUGGUUCUCGCUGUCGUUUGGGUACUACGGUCUGUCUGUCUGGUUCCCUGACGUCAUCAAGCACCUGCAGGCGGAUGAAUACGCUUCCCGCGUGAAGAUCCACAACAACGAGAGAACCGAAGAUUUCACCUUUAAUUUCACCCUGGAGAACCAGAUCCAUAAAAACGGAGUGUUUAUCAACGACAGGUUUAUUGGGAUGAAGUUUAAGGCGGUGACUUUCAUCGACUCCAGCUUUCAGAGCUGCUACUUUGAGGACGUCAGCUCCGUCGGGUCCGUCUUCAGAAACUGCACCAUCAUAGACGGGUUCUUCUAUAACACAGAUAUCGACGACUCAAAAUUCAUCGGCUCCUCUGUGAUCAACUCCACGUUUGCGCACAACAAGACCGGCUGUCAGAUGACGUUUGAUGACGACUACAGCGCGUACUGGGUGUAUUUCAUCAACUUCCUGGGAACGCUGGCCGUGUUGCCAGGCAACAUUGUCUCCGCCCUCCUCAUGGAUAAAGUGGGCCGUUUGAGCAUGUUAGGCGGCUCGAUGGUGUUGUCCGGCAUCAGUUGUUUCUUCCUGUGGUUCGGCACCAGUGAGUCCAUGAUGAUCGCGAUGCUCUGCCUUUAUAACGGACUCAGUAUAUCAGCCUGGAACUCACUGGACGUGGUGACGGCCGAACUCUAUCCCACCGACAGGAGAGGAACUGGAUUCGGCUUCUGUAAUGCCAUGUGUAAACUGGCCGCCGUCUUGGGGAAUGUAAUAUUUGGUUCGUUGGUGGGAAUCACGAAAUCGAUCCCGAUCCUGUUGGCGUCGACUGUGCUGGUCGGCGGAGGCCUGGUGGGUCUGAGACUACCCGACACCCGCUCCAACGUCCUCAUGUGACCCCACUACACCUGUGACCUCUGACCCCUGAGCCGCCACGGAAACACGCUCAGGGUGCAGGAGGAGCCAGCGGCUGUGAUGCGUUUGCUUUCUUUAUUCAUUUAAACUCUGUUGUUUGUUUACUUAUAAACGAUUAUUUAUGGAUUUAUUUUAUUGGUUUAGCUUUCGACUUGCCCAGUUUAGAUUAAAACUAGAUC